AUGCUCGUUGAUGAUCUUGACAAUGUCCUCGUGCCCUUCAUGCUUAGCCAGAGUCAACGCAGUUUGAUUCCCGGCGUCGCGAAGGGAUACAAUAUUACCCGAACGUCCUGGCAUAUCAACUGGGCUCCAGAUGCUAUCCACUCCAUACUCCAGCAGGAUGUCGAAUAUGUGCUCAUUACCAAGGCCAGCAACAUCCCACAAUGCAGUUUCCUGUUGACUGCCGUCGAUACUCCAAGCUCGAGCAUUGACGUUGCCGCCAUGCUCUAG